UGUGUGAUCGGUGCCGCACUGAGUGGGAUAAUAAUUGGCGGCUGAUUAGUGGGCACAGGGACCGACACAGAGGCGGCUGCAGGGCCCAAGGUGUGAGCGCCUGAACGAGUCCCUCGGCUCGGUUCUGUUUUUCCCUGACGGGCCGGGCUGCGGUCGGUGUGUCUGCGCCAAAAUGGACACCGUAGAGUCCGAGCCCUGAGAGCCCGGCGCCGCCAGCGCGCCGUGCCGCUACAGCGGCGCGAGGACUUCACUGUGCGUGUGAUGACGCGCGUGCGACCGAGCGGCGCUGCGCUCGGCUAGCAGCGGCAGGAAGUACGCUGCUGAAGCGGCGGCAGGGGGACCGAGCCAACAACCAAAAGUCGGUGAUGAGCAGGGGAGGAAAAAUAAUCAUGCCUAAUCCGUGAAAGUGGCUCAUUUUGCAUCUCCGCGCCGUGCAUCGUUCACCCUGCGGGCGCAGAGGCCAUUUGAGGGUGAUACCUCAUUGGCCGGUGUGACCCCCGCAGGCCUGCCACCUCCCGGGGUGGGUCCUGAUUGACCUGCGCUGACGGCUCCCAGGGAGAAAAUGGCCUCCACUGCUGCCCUCAGCUAAAGAGCUAAGCCCUACAGUUUCCUCCCCCACCUCCUCAACAUCACUGUUCAUUGCUCUGUUGUGAACCGUGAUUCCCUCCAAACGAUUUGCUUUAGAGUACUAUGGCAAUGCAUGAUAUGAGUCGUGCCAAGGGUUUCCCCUGUAAAGAAUGUGAUAUGGUUUGCCCGAGUACUCCAAGUCUUCUAGAACAUAUGAAAGCACAUUAUCAGCAAGAAGAGACCGGUCGUUUUGAGUGUGAACAGUGUGGACGAAUUUAUAAACACGCAGCUAGUCUAGCCAAUCAUAAAAAAUCUCACGAAGUUGGAUCAUUCCAGUGUCCUGUUUGUACACGUACGCUGCCCAACGCAGUAGCUUUGAAAAAUCACUUACGGAUCCAUACUUUAUCCCCUAGUAGUGCACACACAGAGGAAGAAAGCGAGGAAGUGCCCGAAGAAGCCGGCCACGACGAGAGGGACUACGGUCUCACCCAGGACCUCUCGGACGGGUUUGGGCGCUCCCAUUUGAACAAUAGUGGUAUGGGACAUAGUGUCCUGCAAAGCCACGAGACAGACGAACACGGAAAAAAAGGCUCCCCUGAAUCUGACGACGCUUGGGACAGACCUUUCAAGUGUGAUCAGUGUGACAGAACUUACCGGCACCACGGUAGCCUGGUGAACCACAAGAAGUGUCACCAACAAGGAACGUUUAAGUGCUCUGUGUGUUUCAAACUAUUUGGCAACCUGGCUGCCUUAAACAGCCACGAGAGAACUCACUCGAAGUUCAAGACCCCUGGGGCCUCAAUGGUGAGCAGCAGCAGUAGCAGCAGCAGCCUCCACGACUCGGAGCGCAGCACUGGCACUCAGUCCUCUCAAAGUGAAGACACUACCACCUGUUUCUGCCACCUCUGCCAGGUAGCGCUGCCAAAUAAGGCAGAUUUCCAAGAACACAUUCUGCUGCACAACACUGCUUCACCUACCCUCAGCCUGCCACGGAGUUUUCCAGGCAUCAUGCCUCAUAAUCUGAGUGCUGUUCGAUCCCCGGCAUACACGCCGGCGCUGGGGGACCCUCUGCCUCUGCCUCUGCCACCAGUGCCGACUGAGAAGAGGGGCCCCUAUGACCCCAUUAUGGGCCCUCCAGUCAACAACCCCAUCUAUACAUGUGCAUACUGUGGCGCAGGACACCCAGAUCUGGAGACACUGAAAGUCCAUUAUCUAACUCAUGAUCCCCACCCUCCCUCCCAUAGUCAGGACAGCUCCAUCCUCAACUCGGAGACUCUAAGUUCUGGAUCCCAGAGCUCGGUGGCCUCCCCGUCAGGAGGUCGUGUGCCCCAGGCUAAUUCUCCAGAUGAUGAAGAGCGGCGCUUUAAGUGUGGGGAGUGUGGCAAAAGUUACCGGCAUGCAGGAAGCCUGGUCAACCACAAACGCUGCCACCAAACGGGCCACUACCAGUGCACCAUCUGCUGUAAGCAGUACCCUCACCUGGCAGCACUACAUAGCCACCUACGAAGCCACAAGGGUCGUCCUUCCAAUCAGCCUAUUAACAAUGACAGCAACGACUGGCUAUCCCCAGAGCCCCUGACUCUGGACUCGCAGCAGAGCUACGUCCAGGAAGGUAGUGGUGCCACCACUCCAAUCUCCCUGCCAGGAAAUCUCGGCGAAGCUGCCCACUUUGUACCAGAUGGAGGCCACAGCAGUGGGCUAGACUCUCUUGAGUUCCAUGAUCGCUUUGAUGGCAGCUCACUCUCCCAGAGCAGCUCUGCUCACCGGCAAGCCGACCGACACGUAUGUGCCGACUGUGGUGAGAUGUAUGGCGAUGUGUCUGGCAUCAAGUCGCACAUGUGUCCCCGCCGUGGCCAGCAGCAGCAGCAGGCCAAUAUGUCCAAUGGUUUUAUGGGGAAUAUGAACUACCAUAGCUCCAGUGGAACCUCGCUGCCUGCUGGAAGCUCCAGCAGCCUGAAAGAAGGCGGCAGUCAACGACAGUAUCCUCAAAGUGGAGGCAAGAGAAUGGGAAGCAAUGACAAAGAUGACGAUGAUGAUGGAGAGGUGUAUCAGUGCUCAGUUUGUGGCAACCACUAUGCUAGUUUGAGAGCUCUCAGAAGUCACCUGCGUAGUCAUGCCAACAACCCCACAGGGCCAGGACCCUCCAACCUGCAGCAGGACUGGAGGAUGAUCUGCUGUACCUGUGGCCAGACUUUUGCCAGAAAGCAGGAUCUCCUGAAUCAUCAGUUAAUCCAUGGGCCCCAAAGGCCAGAUGGUCAGCAACAGGGUAUUGCAGGGAGUUCAGCCAACGGCAACGAAAAGAUGGAUGGCCGGAGCCACAUUUGUGUUGACUGUGGCAUGUUUUUCGCCGAUCGCCACCAUCUGAUCACCCACCUGUGCCCUGGGAAGAAUCGAGGUAACUCGAUGAACAAGCCCGGCCUAAAUGGAGCCAAAGGGAUGUCUGGAGGAGAGGGCGUUGGCGGUGGUGUCGCUGGAAGAAGUUGUGACGUUGGCGCAGAUGGACGUAGGCCAAUGGUCGAUCAGAGUGACAAGCCCCACAAGUGUGACCAAUGUGGGCGAGGAUACAGACACCCAUGCUCUCUCCUUAACCACAAGAAGUCCCACAAGACCGGUGUUUUCCGUUGCCUUGUCUGCCAAAAACGUUACUACAACCUGCUGGCUCUCAAGAAUCACCAAAGGACCCACUUUGACUUAAAGAGGCACAAGUGUGAAGAAUGUGGCAAAGCCUUCAAGAUCCAAAAGCAAUUGAUCAACCAUCUCCGUCUCCAUGAAGAACACCGAGCCAAAGGCCUUGUUCGGACCGGCCCAAACGGUUCCCGCUUCCAGCAGCCUGACCCAUCUCAAAUGCAGACUAUGAGAGGGGAGCCAUCGAAGGGCCAGGUGAUGGGGGUCAAAUACAGCCACCAAGGGUUCAAAAAGCCCUACUCGUCAGCCGGUACUUCCAGACCCCAGAAGUUUGAUCCUGCCGAAAGUGCACGGCGGCCGUUUGCCUGUGAAGAAUGUGGAAAGACUUACCGCCAUGCGGGCAGCCUGGCCAAUCACAAGAACCUUCACAAAAUUGGAGAGUACCACUGCAAUGUUUGCAACUCUACAUAUCCGAACAGGCUUGCAAUGAAAAACCACCUUCGUCUCCAUUUUGCCCAAAAGAAGCACAACUGCCAAGAGUGUGGCAAGGGCUUCCGCACCCAAAGGCAGCUCGCUACCCACACUACAGCCGGCCUGUGCAAAGGCCCACAAGGCCCUGGCGCUCAGAUGGAUUUCGAGUGCGACGGCUGCUGCGAAGGCUUUGCCACAGCUGACGAGCUCGCGGCUCAUGACUGUCCAGCCCAGCACCUGCCUUCAUCGUCCUCCACCAACACCUCGACAACCAUCAGUACCGAGAAGAACUCUGUAGACAUGGACUCUGACGAGAGGCCCUAUGCCUGCGACCUAUGCAGCUGCGCCUACAAACACGCCAGCUCCCUGUUGAACCACAAGCACACCCACAAGACCGGAAACUUCAGGUGCAACUUCUGCGACAAGCCCUAUACCAACUACAUGGCUCUACGCAACCACAUGCGCAUCCACACGCAGCGGAAGAAGCACAUCUGCCACACAUGUGGGAAAGCCUUCCGACUGGCCCGGUUCCUCCGCAACCACCAGAAAGUCCACGAGGAAGGCGCCACCCCGUUUGGCUGCCCCACCUGUGGGAAGAGUUUCCAGGGGAGGUCCGGUCUGGCCAGGCACCGCUGCGGGGACAACCAGGUAGGCAUGGAAGUCAGGAGGAAGGCCACUGCACCCACGGGAGAGGGCGAAGAGUGUCGGUACACAUGUGAUCAGUGCGGCCGUUCCUACCGCCAUGCCAGCUCCCUCCUCAACCACAAGAACACCCAUACUGUCGGCAUCUACCACUGCGCCGUGUGCCUCAAGACCUACUCCAACCUGCUUGCCCUGAAGAACCAUCGCCGUAUCCACUCUGAGACGCGGCGCCACCGAUGCCACGACUGCGGAAAGGCCUUUCGAGUUUCCUCCCAGCUCUACAACCACCGGCGUGUACACCAGAAGCAGCGGGAGCUGACCUGCCGGUCCUGCCAGCGAGCCUUUCCCACGCAGGCUAGCUUCAGGCUCCACAUGGAGAUCACUCAUGGCCAGACACCGCAGCCCCGCCAGCCCAGAACCCAGCAGCCCCGCCCAGGGGGCUCCCAGGACCUGGGCUGGGGGUCAGGCCUGGACCUCACCCUGAUGCAAGAGCAAGGACUCAAUCCCAGCAACGUCGCCAAAGUCCGCGGCCAAGGGAGCAACAGCGAGGUCGUCAAGUCCCAUGUCUGUGACCAGUGCGGUCGCUCGUACCGCCACGCCAGCUCCCUGCUCAACCACAAGAACAGCCACAAGACCGGGACCUACUUCUGCAGCUCAUGCCAGAAGGAGUUCCCCAACCUGAUGUCCCUGAAGAACCACCGGCGCAUCCACACUGAGCCCAAACGCUACCAGUGCCCUGACUGCGGGAAGUCCUUCAGGGUGUCCACUCAGCUCAUCUGUCACCGCCGCAUCCACACCAAGGAGAAGCCGUUCUCCUGCCAGCAGUGCGACAAGCGCUUCUCCUCCAAGUCCAACCUGAGGCACCACAUGAAGGUGCACUGGAGCGGCUCAUCGGCGCCUCCACCCAUGUCCAUGAGAGCGCCCAACUUCCUGGAUCUGAGGCCGGUGGUUUCGAGCAGCAGCUCCAGGAGCUUCGUCUGCGGCCAAUGCGGUCGCUCGUACAGCCACGCCAGCUCCCUGCUCAACCACAAGAACAGCCACAAGACCGGGACCUACUUCUGCAGCUCGUGCCAGAAGGAGUUCCCCAACCUGAUGUCCCUGAAGAACCACCGGCGCAUCCACACUGAGCCCAAACGCUACCAGUGCCCUGACUGCGGGAAGUCCUUCAGGGUUUCCACAGCACUCAUCUGUCACCGCCGCAUCCACACCAAGGAGAAGCCGUUCUCCUGCCAGCAGUGCGACAAGCGCUUCUCCUCCAAGUCCAACCUGAGGCACCACAUGAAGGUGCACUGGAAGAGCCCGCUGCUGUCCAGAAGCCGGUCUUCGGCCUUCCUUGCCGUCUCCUCCAGACCUUUCUGACCAUCCGGCCUCGCAGUUCUCCUCCGAGCUCGUCCAGUCUGACAGACCCGGACAGCAUCGUCUCCUCCAACAUGCUCAAAAGCCGCAACAUAAAAAAGGCGACGAAUACCACACCGGACUAGGUGUGGCCAAUUAGCACCAUCUGAGCACAUUGAGGAGAUUAGGGGCUUGCUAGGGGCGUAACAAACAAUAUGACCGUAUAAUUCAACCUCAAUUUAAUCCUUCCGGCUGAAAUCUGAACUAAGAUCCACAUUCAGGAAAGUUUCCCCAAAUCAUUUUGUGAUGUCACAGUUCAGAGGGCGAAUCAGCAGAGAUCCUCACGUACCUGUUAGCUGCCUCGGCUGUUAUCCUUACAUUAAACUAACGGAGAGCUUGGUGCUCAUUGAUUGGCUGGACUAACCGUGUCAGACUUUUGGUUUACAUCUGGUUUCGAUUUUUUCAGUUCCUGUCUGGUGAGAUUAGGGCACCAAAACCUGAUGAGGCUGAGGUUCAGCUUAGAUUAGCUAGACACAGAUGUCCUGUGGUGGAUGGACGACGUGGCUCGGCCAAGCCGUAAAUAUGGUGGUGACGAUGGUAAAUGGCCUGUGUUUGUAUAGCGCUUUACUAGUCCCUAAGGACCUCAAAGCGCUUUACACAUUCAGUCAUUCACCCAUUCACACACAUUCACACACGAUGACUUAUAAUGAUCUUUUAACAACCUGAUGACAUUUGAAGUGGCUGAGUUGAAGCAGCGGCCUGUAGUUUGUGUAGUUAUCAGGCAACCUGAUGAUCUUUGUUAGCCAGUGUAUAACUGAUGGAUGUCGUCCGUUGGUUUCUGAAUGUUUGAAACCUCGUUGUUGGCGCCGUGUUGGGUUUGAAGUGGCCAUAUUUGAAUAACAGCUGGGUUGUUAUCACAGACUGUUUGGGGAGUGUCGCACAGACGGAGUUACCUGCUAACCAGUGCUCAGUAACAUCCAAUGAACAAUCUCAGAUUUCACUGUGCACCUAAACUCUUGCCCCGCCUCCUCAGACCGUCUCUUAGCAGCAGACGUAUUAUUGGUCUGAAGCCUCACAGACAGCUAGCAGCCACAGCCGCCUGUGUCACCAUCCAUCUGUCAGUCAAAGAGGCCACGCCCCCAUACAUAGCAGACCACAUAAAACUGGAGCCAUGCAGCUGUUUAGUUGUCUCUAGUGGAUGUUAGAGAAAGUGCAGGUCGCCUGCGUUGCCCAGGAAGUGUAAAACUAAAUGUUUAGCAUUUCCAGCGUUUCUUUGAUAGAAUAUUUCAUCAUGUCCACCAACUGCAGCAGAUUUAAGCAAGUCAGAGGAAACUGAAACCCUCACAGCUGGUGUUCAGGUUUGCUGUGUGACGAGGACCUCUCCGGACUUUUGCUCCUGGUGGGAACUCGAGUUCCUCCCCGGCGAUACUAACGGUGCUCAGGUCUUUGACCCCGCCUCAGACAGACCUCUCUGACGGUUGGCAUGUUCUGGCUCCUCGGCAGCAGACACCAGGGGGAUUGUGGGUCUUUUUAAAAAUUUUUCUCAGUGUUUCUGAUUAUUGCUAAGGAUGAAAACUCAUCAUCUUCCUCAGCUGUUGCUGUACCCCCGAGGGGAGGCUGAAAUCUGACGUGUGGUUUGUGAACUUUCUGGAGGCCUCUGUUCACCUUCCUCCUCACCUGGUCCCCAAAAUAAAAUCCAGUUAAAUAUGGAGGCCCAGUGCUGUCACUUCAAAGGAGAAAAUUGAUCUCGUAAUAAUAAUAAUUUUUUUCUUAUAAUGAUGUGAAGUUUUCUAUUUUUUUCUUUGUAAUUAUAACAUCAAGUAACUGUUUAGGUUUAGAUGUUUGUAGACGAGCUCUGGUGUGUAAACUAAAGCUCUGAUAGGUACUUAGGUGAUUACUAUUAGAGAAAUAAAUGACGUCAUACUGUGUGAUAAUCUGGAGAGUAAUUUGUGAGAUUAUAUCGGUUCAUUUAUCUCCUCGUCUGGAUUUUGAGGUUUUUUUCUGUGAUAAAUCUGAGAGAAACGGAUGAAACGCAGAAAUGUUUCCCUGCACGCGUCCAUCAGAGGUUGGACGCCACUGUGGGUUUCCUCUGUGGACGAAGCUGGUGUCAGGAGCCACGCAGUUUUGUCUCUGAGGAAAAUCAGUGAAAAAACAGACAAGCAGAGACAACAGUGCACCCUCGACUUCAGUCAGACUAACUGGAGUUUGGACCACAAGCCUGUGACUGUCAGACACAAACUAAGAUGGAGAACACUGACGGUACUGAUGUGAUGCGUUUGUAGCUGAUUCUUUAGGGACUUCCUGCUCAUCUCUGUAUCUCUGUGUCUAUUUCCUCCCGUUAGCGCUGUGUUAUUCACGGUUUUUACAGUUUUACAUUCACAGUUGACCCUCUGCGUCUUUACAGCUGUCUGGUAACUCGUUCAUGUCUAAUUAAAGCAUAGUGGACCCAAAACCGAA